AUGUCAACGCUAGCCAACGCCGACCUCUCUUCAGACUCAGAGAACGACGGCGACUACGUACCUACCUCGCCGAAACGGAAGAACAAAUCGCAAAAGGGGUCGAAGAGAGUCAAAAGAGCUAAAUUAGAUGGAGAGGAGUCGGAUUCAGCUACUUCCUCAUCCUCUUCUACCGAUGAUGAAGAUCAGGAUCAAGAUGAUAAGGUAAACGGGAAGGUAGAUGGGAAGGUAGAUGAGAUUGAAGAGAGGAAAAGAAAAGCUAGGGAAGAAUUCGAAAGGAUGAAAGCUGAAUUAUCGACCUUCACGAACGAUACGAAAGGAAAAGAAUCGGGACAGGAGGAAUUGGUAGAAAUUAAACGAGCUAGGAGGUUCGCAGGGGAAAUCAUAUAUGAGACAGUAAAGCUGAAAAAGGAUGAUCCAGAGACGAUAGCCUUUUUUUCUAAACAGGAUCAGAAUCGAACUACCUCAGAAUCCAAGGAAGGUACUACGAACACGUCCGAAAAUCAGAGUGAUAUACCGAAAGAUGAUCAUUCAUCCUCUAUACCCACUCAAGGGCAACAAAAACAAUCUCCUAUCACCACAUCCGCACCCGCACCCGCACCCCGUCCGAAAGGUCCUCCCAUACGGAGAAAACCACGUCAGAGUCUGGAAGCCAUGUCGGCAGCUUUAGAUAAAGGUAAGAAGAUGACUACGCUGGAGAAGUCUCAGAUGGAUUGGAGAUCGCAUACCACCUCGACCACUGGACUUUCUGAUGAACUAGCAUUGAAUAGGAAGAACGGUGGAGGGUAUUUGGAUAAGAAAGAUUUCUUAGAUAGAGUGGGAGAGAGGAGAUCGGAUACAUUUGAUAGUAAGAGGUAG